AACCUAACAUAACAAUGUGUUACAUUACAAUUGCAGAAGGGAAUGAGUGCGAUGGAUUACGGUUUAGCAGCGUUGAAGCUUUUCUGCUCACAGCUAAAACAAGCUCGAGAAGUGCCUUCUCAACAUAGCUUCACUCUCGGUGGCUUUCUCUUCCAACGCGCUUGGUUACAGGGCGUUCUUAUCUCUUCCAACGAUGGCAACGGACCUCUUCUUCUCGACGAUGGAACCUCCGUCAUUGAACUCUCUCUUUCCGGCGAGUUCCGUCAACGUCAUUUCAAAGCCGGGAUGUAUGUCAUGGUAGUUGGAGGGUACGUUGCACGUGCGGCAGGGGAGCCUUCGAUUAUCAAGGUUCACAAGAUUGUUGACCUUUCAUCAUCCCCCGAUCGAGAAGCAAUGUGGUAUCUUGAAGUUAUGGAGGCAUACAAGUUGUUCUAUCAGCCUCUUGUUGAAGAAUUCAUGUAAUAGUACACGAUUAGACAGAGAAAGGGUAUUCGCGAUUGACAUCUGACGGCUACAAACACAGAAUUGUUUGCAGAUUGAGUUGGUGAUUCAUGUGUCUAUUUCUUUAUUCUACGAGAAAUUCAUUAACAAAAUGCAUUGUAAAGCCACCACUAUACCAUUUAUGAAAUAUUCCGAUAUUCAAUAACAAUCUAUUUGUUUCA